AUGACUGGUACGCGUGAACCGGAUAACCAUGACGAUGGCAGACAAGCUAAACGGCCCCGGUUACAAACAGGGCGAGGGCGUGCUUCAAGUUCAGGCCGAGGCCGCGGCCGGCGUGCCCGAGUUCCAACUGAUCCUCCGCCAGCAGAAAAUCAACAGGGAGAGCAUACAAUUCCUAUGCAGACACAAAGUAAUGACACGAGCAAUACCCCAGCGCCAGCUGUGCCGGACUCUACGUCUGUAGACUUAAGACGCUACAAAACUUGGAGAGGAGCGGGAAGUCCACACGACAACAUUUGCUUUGAAUGCUAUCAGCCACUUGAUCUGGUACCCUGUGGCACAUGUAAAAGGUCGUACCAUGUUUCUUGCAAACCAAAGGACAGUUUCUUGCGUGAAGACAAUGCGCAUCUAUGGUAUUGCCCUGUUUGUGUGGAUCGUGGUUGGCAUUUGGCUCCUCCUACGAUAACACCACCAGAUUCGCCCUGUAUGGGGACGCCGAAAUUUACUGCAAUCAAUCCUGCGUCUCGUGCUCCAGUAAGGGUAAAUAGCGAAGCAGUGCACCAUGAAGACACGGCAAACGGAACCCAACGAACCACAGCACCAAGAGAAUCAGCUGCGCCUUUUGCACCGCGAAAAUCUCGAUUUAAUACCCUACCCGAAGAAGUAGACUCUGCGUUAUGGGUUGUGUAUCGCGAAUUGGAGAGUGUACCAUUGCUCCGACAGAAUAUCUCCGACCUUCAAUUCCAAAUAUCUUCUCUACGGCAAGAACUGAGUAUACGGCAGAAUGAAUUAGCUUUGACCAAAAGAGUCGUCGAAAAGGGGCGUGCUGCGGAGAUCGAGCUGCAAAAGUAUUGGGAAGAAGCUGCAAACCGACAGGCUAGUACCGAUGAUACUGAGGCUUUGAAGGCGAAGAAUCGAGAACUGGAAUCGGAAUUGAAUAAUACACGAAACGAGCUGGAACGCGCCAACAAGACACUGCAGGGCUGGAAGCGGAAAUUGUCGAAUCUGAUUGAUGAUUGA